ACAGUUCAAGUCCCAUCUUCUUUGCCGGUGGCCCGACAGUGGAACAGUGGAAGUGCUUGCCCGAGACUGUACUACUUGAAACUUUUAUCCUACCACGUAUCCUUUAAUUUAAUGCUCCUCACACCUUUACGAAGUCCCUUACGGCUUUAAUUCGCACGCCAAGUGCCUGCGAGUUCCCUUUCCUUCUUGUCAUCAUAAAGAGUCACAGGAUAAAGCGGGCGGCCAUCAUCUUCCCAUCUACCCGUUGGGCAACGGUUUCCAAACCCGCCGAUAGAAUUUAAAACCUGGACAUGCUUCCAUCCAUGGAGAACAGGUAAAGUCUCACUUGCUUCCUUUUCUACUAAGGCAAUUGCACAUCUUCUAUGUUCCACUCCCUACCUGACAGAAAAAAGAUUGCCAUGGGCACUUGUGUAAGCAAGUGUUGCUCCAAUCCCACCCUCCCUUUUGAUCCUAGUCCUCCCCAAGAUAAGCUUGUCAUUUCUCAAUCACCUUCCACUCCCACCAAUCCCCUCCCCAAUGAUCACCCCAGUAUGCAAUCAACCCCCUCCUCUUCCUCCUCCACUUCUUCCUCUUCUUCUUCUUCAUCGUCAUCAUCGUCAUCCGCCUCCGCUGCUUUUUCUUGCACUAGUAAUUCCACCUACUCUCAGUCUUCGUCGAAGGAUCGAUCUUUCACGAAUGAGUUCUUGUUGUCUUGCGCAAGGGAGAAUCCUCACAUAAUCAUACUUGAUCCCCAUAAGCAUUGUCCCUCAAAGCCUAAACCAAGUCGACAUCCGGUGAAAGCAUUGCCACGGCCAUUCAAAUUAGUUCAAGGCACUGCCGGAGCAAACCAGUCACUUCCAGCCAAGCGGGGACGUUCUACCUCACCACCAACACCUCUCGGCCGGAAGAGUUCCAAGACAGAGCUUAGCUCGGCAGUCCCUCCCACGUAUAGAAAACUGAGCACUCCAUCUGCUCGUUGGAGAUCGACAAAUGCGUUAACUGAACUGCAGGGGCGUGCGGUUGGAACGCCGGGUAAUGCUGCAAGUAAGGAGAAGCUUCUGCGUUUGAGUCCUUGCAACUUAGCACACAGGCAAAUUUCAAGCGUAGAGAAGAGGAGGGAAGCUUGCAUGCACCAGAUCCACCAAACGCACGGUCAAAUGAUUCAGAAGGGAAGCAGGCAAGUGUUUGCUCAAGAGAGCUCCAGGAUUCCUCACAUGGAGGACCUGAAUAAUCCUCUCAUGUAUAUGGAUUGCUUUAUUUUUAUUUGAUAGGGAGUGUUUGACUGCUUGUGAGGACUGCUUUGCUUCUCGAAGUUUAUAUAAAUCACCACCACGCAAAAUACUUGCACAUAGGAUUUGUCAUGUUUGCGAGAACAAUGAGUUUGCCAUGUUCUGUCCUGUAUUUUGAACACCUGAGUGCUGUUUGAGAAGUAGAGGGAGGGAAAAAGAAUGCUUGCCUGUAAUUUAACUCCUGUGGAAUAGAUAGAACUUGUUUGCUUA